AUGCCACCCAAGAAGCUGCCACCGCGAACAUCGCAGAAGAACCCGCAACCCCAGACGCCACAGCAGAAGCCGCAAACACAGACGCCACAGCAACAGCAACAACCACAGAGUGCUCCCAAACCCAAAGGCAACAAUACAUCUCCAACCCCUGCGACCGAACCAGCCAUCCCGGAGCAUGAAGUGAAACAAAGCUCGUCCGUGAGCGCCCAGCUCGCCCUGGAAGCCGCCAAAAAGGCUUAUGAACUCCGUCAAGCAGCAUAUGGCGCCGGGGAUCCCAAUGCCCGCGAAGAAAUCCUGGCCAAAGCCAUCAACAAGGAGGUCGAGGCCGAAUCAUUUGGCAAGGCCGCGAAAUAUACUCGCUCCGGCGCGUUUCAGGGCCUUGCAGCCGGUGCUGGCCUCGGCGUCCAACCCGGUGUCACACUAGGGAAAUUGACCGGCGCACUGGUAGGCGGUGUAGUGUCUUCGGCGGGCGCUUUACUGGGUGGAGGGAUUGGUUCUGCAUACGGUGCCAUCAGUGGUCCGUUCUGGGAUUUGGGCCAGAUGGCAAGUCAGGGCGUAAGGAGUAUUGUGGGAGAUUUUCCGAGCUGGGAAGCUACGUCAAGCCAGAAGAAGGCGCUGGAGAAGAUGGUGAUGGGCGCGCAGCAGACAAAGGCUCCCACUCAAGAAGAAUUGGAGGAGAUGCGAGCCGAUAACGGAGGUCGACGUCAGGAGGACUACCAGCAAUGGGCUACGGAUUUGACAAGCUACAUUCCCAGUAUGCCAUCCAUGCCGAAAAAGCCCUCAAUGCCUUCGAUGCCGUCCAUACCAGGACUAGGGGGACAAUCCAAAGGGAAUAACGCUACCUCAGCUGGAAACAAGUCAAAGACCUCAACAGCAUCACCACAGAGCCAGCAACCGAAAGCAUCAGCAAAGCCUGAGGCGCCUUCAAAGCCGCAGACGACUUCAAGAUCCGAAGUCCCCUCAAAGCCUCAAGCUGUACGUCCAGAAGCACUCAGUCAGACCUCGAAAUCACAGUCUCCACCAAAUGCAGAUGAAAAGGCGCCCAGGAAGAAGCCGAAGAAGCUAGAGACCAGAUCAACAGGAACCCCUUCACAGUCUAGCCAGUCUACCACUCGAAGGAAGCCACCGAAAUUGGAAACGCGUUCUAAAACCACGACAGCAAAUUCAUAG